GCCGCGCCACUUUUACAAUCGUCGCAAAACAGUCGGCAAGCGAGAGUGAGAGCGGCGCGGUGAACAGCUGAUUCCGUUUCCACAGUACGCCUCUCACGUAGGCGAGCACAUGUCUACCGUGCGAUAAAUCACGCACGACAUUCAGCCCUUUCUCUGUAUCCUUUUGGAGGUAGGUGAUAAUCGAGCGACGAAUUGAGUAACCGUUUGUGAAGGAACGACUCACCGGCAACAGAGCGCCCGUAAUCCAACGGCUGCGUGCGAUGAGCAACGGCCGGCGAUAACCGGUGGCUGGAUUUCAUCCUCCUUGUCUUCACCGUCGCCGUUAUCGUUAUUGGUGGAAAAUAUGGCCGAUCGCGAUAGCGCGUCUGAAAGCGACUCGAGCUCGAUCGACGGUGGGCCGAUAAUGAUGCCACCGUCGCCGGUGACGCGCGAGCAGCUGCAGAAGCGCAUUGAGUCUUUGCAGCAACACAAUCGAGUGCUCAAGGUCGAGCUGGAGACAUACAAGCUACGGGUGAAGGCACUGCAGGAAGAGAAUCGCGGCCUACGUCAAGCGUCUGUCAUCAUACAAGCAAAAGCUGAGCAAGAAGAGGAGUUUAUCAGCAACACUCUGCUGAAGAAAAUUCAGGCCUUGAAGAAGGAGAAAGAGACCCUUGCGCACCACUAUGAGCAGGAGGAGGAAUGUCUUACCAACGAUUUGUCACGGAAGCUGAAUCAGCUGCGGCAGGAGAAGUGCAGACUUGAGCAGACACUUGAGCAAGAGCAGGAGUGCCUGGUGAACAAGCUGAUGAGGAAAAUCGAGAAGCUAGAAGCGGAAACACUGGCUAAGCAGAGCAACUUGGAGCAAUUACGACGUGAGAAGGUUGAACUGGAGAACACAUUAGAACAGGAGCAGGAAGCACUGGUGAACAAGCUAUGGAAGCGAAUGGACAAGCUGGAGGCGGAGAAGCGAAUGUUGCAGAUUAAGCUGGACCAGCCAGUCUCAGAUCCGACCUCACCACGAGAGAUAAACAACGGUGACACAGCCACAAACCUGAGCACGCACAUCCAGACUCUGAGGAGCGAGGUUGCGCGAUUAAAACACACAUUGUUGAUCUCGCAGCAAGAACAUACGGAAAAGAUGAAGCGGUAUGUUAACGAAGAGAAACAGAUACGCGAGGAGAAUCUGAGACUGCAGAGAAAGCUACAGCUGGAAGUAGAGCGUCGGGAGGCCUUGUGCAGACACCUCUCCGAAUCUGAAUCCAGACAUGAUUUUCGCAGCUUGGAGAUGGAGGAAGAACGGCACUACAACGAAAUUGUGAUGUCCGGUGGCAAUAUAAGGACUCGCACGGUGUCCAGUCCUGUGCCCUACAAUCCUUCGCCUAGUUCCUCAAGGCCAUUGAGUCCAGGUAUUAACGUGCUAGGUUCCACGUCCAGAGAGGGUUUCGGCGCGAACCGGUGCUAUGCCUGCGGCCAGCCGACUGCCCCGCCAUUCGCGAGCUCGUCGCCUCCCUCAGGGGGACACAUCGUGGCGCCGUCCAGCAGACGCACGUCGGAUCGCUUCGUCAAGCCGGCGAUUCCGCCCACCAUCGUGAGCCCCGGCGGACCGCCGGUGAUCGCUCCUAAUCCCACAUCGAACGCCGCCGCACCCCAGCCAGGCUCGCCGAUGGACAUCGCGAAGACAUAAGCCGACAGCCUGCGAGGAGAGAAGGGGGCGAAGACUCCCUUCGUGUAAUCGCGCGCAAGGUACUUCUCUAAAAAAAAAAUAAAAAUAAAACUAUGCGUUCCAGCCGCGGAGACGCACGGAAGAGCCGCCCGCACGUUUGGUCGAGAUCCACCAUCGUCGUCCGGCGCUUUUUAUCUCUUCGAACGUUUCCGUUCUGUUUAACCACUGCUACUACAGCUCUAAUGUAACACACACACGUACACACACACACACCACACACACACAUACACACACACACGCGCACACACACACACAACACGGGCUACGGACUGAGAGACACGGGACUUAAUUAUUAUUCCGAACUGAAUGGCAGAAGAUUAAACAGCGCAGUCGCGUGAGCCACUCGUCGCGGGACGGUUCUCGCCUCGAGAACCCCGCUUCUUCAACGAUUCCUCCUGUAUGAUGCCUGAAGUACCGUUCAGUACCGAGCUCUUUGUCGUACUACGCAAUUAAAUAUUGUUUGAGUGUUCUACGUAAGGGAAAAAAAAUGAAUCAUUGACAUGUUGCUUCCAUGUUCCAAGUAACCAUAGUAUAAAUGUUGAAUGCGAACGCUAAGGGACAUUUUACGCGGCAUACUUCGCGAUAAUUGCUGUAAUCUUACUGUGCGUCUAAGAACGUAAACGAAAGUAAAUUAGGGUGUAGUGUCGCGGUGUUCACACACGGUUUAACAGAUAUGCAUUUGUUUUAGCUUUGAGCCUGAGUAAUCACUUUAGCAUAUGCGUUACCGAGGCGAAAGGCAUGAUUCUAAGGAAUAAAUGAUUUCGGUGGUUCCUGUGCAAAGAUUGUCGGAUAUUGGAGUACACGAUGAGGCAGAGAGUCGGAUUUUAGAGAUCAAAUAUCGGCAUCUUCGUAUCUGAGAAGUUUCAAAUAUUUUCUUGAAGAACUAUUCUAACUUAAAAUAUUUUUUUAUUAGAAUAUUCUAAUUUAGACUUUAUAAUCACUGAUUGCGAAGAUCUCUGAUAAAGGCCUUAAAGUUCCAAAGAUUUAAAAGUCCAACAAUCUGAAAUCUAAAACAGAUUUGCUGAUGUAAAAAUAUACACUUCUACAAAGGUUUGAGAAUCUGUGUGUCUAUAAAUAUAAACAUAAUAUGUAAAAUAAAUGUAUAUUUAAUAAUCAAUGUUAACACAAAGAUCUAUUUAAAGCAUUUUAGAAUUUUAUUAAUUGAAGAAAUUCAGCCGUUUAAAAAAAAAUUGAAAAGUUCCUCGAAUUUUUAAAUCUUCUGCUAUGCAAGCUUGCAUUUCUGGAAUUUCUGUCUCAGAUCGUGAUAACUAAUCUCAAAAUUGCUUAACUUUACAAUGUCAGAGCGUUGGAAGUUUGAAUCUUGAAGCUUUGAUAUGAGGCGCGAAAAGCCUUUGAAAUCUCAAUAUCGAGAGAAUUUAGGUGUAGCGCAUGAAAAACAAACACUUGCGUACUUCGAGUUUGUUUGCUAAUAAAUUGUUUUUAUAUCAACGAUACAUAGCGCAUUAGUUCGAGACGUUGUCUGUUAUGUUAUAUUGAAUCAGACUUUAGAAUCUUUGUUCCAGAUUGUUUCUCGGGAAAUUGUUUCUCAAUAGUUUAGUCUCGUUUCCGAAACUUAGAUAUCUCUUUUUAAAUUCUAGAAGCGCUUGGACUCUUGUUUUUAAGGUUUUCGGUACCUCGACGCCUACUUUCUAAAUCUUUGAAAUCCUGUUUCGAGACCGUGAAAUCUAGAAGUCUUGAAUCUUGAGAUUUUGAGGAAUGUUAUAGAAGUCAACACGGAAGAAUCGUAUGUCUUUUUCAUUUCAAAGUUCUCAAUACUUUCUUGUACGUCAGUUAUCAUGCAUUAUGAUGUAAGAAACGGAGGAAUUGUGAGAAAAUCUAUGAAAUCAAUAAUCGCUUAUUUGAGAGAAAUAAAAUUUGGCUCACGUUUGAGUGAUUUUCUCGCAAUUCUUUCUCUUCGAUUGCAAUAUGCUGAUCGCAGAUAGCUGACGUUAUUGAGAACUUCUGUUUAAAAGAACAGGUGUAUUAUAUAUAUAAAUGAUACGAAAAAUCAGGUCGAAGCGUUGUUUAUUAUAUUGUAUCGAACGGUAUAAAUAUAUAUAUAUAUAUAAACGGUCGUAUACAAUUAUACAUAUGACAUAGAAUUUUAUUAUAACGUAAAAAGAAGUUCUUAUCAAUAAUUAUGAUUACGCAGAUAUGCUUCACAGCUGCAUGUAUUUUACUCAAGCUUUUAUGAAAUACAGUCACGUUUUUGCUAUUA